AUCUAGUGGUGACGGCCUGCAUUCACACUUUUUCCUCAUAAUCCUUAAUAAUAUAGGGACAGUGAAGACUAGACUGAGGUUAGCUGUGCACAUUUGAAACUUUUGUCCGUAUCUAAGAGCUCUUUUAAGACUAGUGAAAUGUGCCUGCUAGUCAACAAUGUAGCUGUUUAUUCUGCAACAUAUAUCACACUUUAAAUGUUAUAACCCACUCAUUCCUCUGAGGUGUGGAAUGAGUUCAGGUAUUGUUUUUGAUGCCUAUGUGCGUUUCUUCUUUUGUGGUGUUGCUAACAGAUUAUUUCUAUAUUUUCACUUACUAUACAGCGCUUUGUUUGUGACCAUUUUAGUCAGUAAAAAACGUUUAGUACAAGAAUAAAUCAUUCAUGCAGUCCAUCAGUCAGGCCGGUUGGUGGCGGUAGUGAGCCUUUAAGUUUGUUCUGCGAUCAGAGGAGGAAGCAAGGGUAUCCGUGGCAACAGCACAGGAAGUGUCGCGCGACAGUUUAAAAAUUGUAUCAAAUUUUCGUUAGCUUUUCUGUUAUGCUUAUAUCCGCGUAAAAUCUCCUUUUCCUGCUCAUUGUUACUUUACAUCGAUAAUUACAUUUUUUUUUCUAGGUUUAAUUUGCCCUAAAGCCCAAAGCAGAGGUGUGAAGCAGUGGAGGGUCGCGCUAGGUUUGUUGUUUUUUGUAACGCUUCUCAGCUAAUUUCCUGUCUGAGCAAUGCUUCUGAGAACGGGGCGUCCGCAGCAGCAGCAACCCAAAGGGAAACGACUCAUUCGCCCUAAGAAGGCAGCAGCUCCCAAGAAAGACUGGGUGAGCACUGUCAAUGAUCUCUCUGUGCACAAGCUGACUUCUGCUGAGCUGUGUCAUCGACAUGAGAUCCACAAGUCUCACAAUAAAGCUGCAGCUCACUGGGAGCUCAGAGAGAAAGCCCUGAAACGUCGUCUCAGACACGCCGGCGGCUCCCCAGGCCUGGACCACACCAGCCUCAGCAUCAUCAGAGACGUUUUCUCUGAACAGCCGCUGCUGCACGAUGCGCUGGCCCAGUCUGACAGAGCCUUGGCUGUGGUCAAGGACCUGUUUGGAGACGCUCCACGACGGCAGACUGGGCACCCCAGCGUGACUGUGGCUCCAAACUGUGACUCUGACUCAGAACUGCCUGUUCUCCAGAGACCUGAUCCUCCAACCCAACUGUCCCUCCUCAGCCAAUCCAUAAUGGAUCAAGAGGCACUUAAUGAAGUAGAAGUUUCAAGGGAAGAUGUCAGAGAUGAGGAUCUGUCAAGCAGUUCAGGGAGUCGUUUCAUCAGAAGGACAAAUAUAAGGAAAACAAAAACUCUGACGAGAGCGACACAGAAACAGAAAGGUCAUCGUCUCGGGUCUCAUGCAGGAGGUAAAGAAAACAUCCCUGUGACCCCCAUCAGAUCAGGCAGAGCACCUGACCCAACUGCUCUCAACGCCACGGCAGCUGUUAAGCGUUUUCUGACCAAACAGCGUCCAUCAGAUCAAAACGAGGAAGAGGCUUCUGUCCUGGUUUCUCAGGUUCUGAAUGCUGAACUUCCUUCACGCCAGUCAGGAAGAAUAAGAAAACACACUGAGAGGACCAGGAAGGGCGCCUGUCGGGCCUUGGAGCUGGACGGCUCCUCAGUUGCGUCUCUUAGUGGAGACCAGUCCAGCCUGGGCCUGCUGCAGGACAUGUUGGGCCAAGUCAAGGCGGACUUGGACACAAUGAGUUCUGAUACAGCACCUGAAUCAACAGGGAGUCUGGAACCCAGUGGAAGACAAGGUCUUACCGGAUUCUCUGUUGCCUUGGUCUCCACGAUUGGACGCUUGGUCCAGCUCCUCAGAAAGAGAGAAGCUGAAGCUCAGAAAGAAGCAGAGGAACGGCGGCGACUGCAGGAGGAGCUGAAGGAGCAUCGAGGGCUUAUGGACGCUCUGACAGCUGAAACCAUGACCCUGAGAGAAGAGGGCGCCGCCCUGCAGACGGGGCUUCAGCAGCGGACAGCAGAUCUGGAGCAGAAGCUGGAUUCUGUGGUCCUUUUGAUGGGUGGACUGGGAUUACUGGGAGAACAGACAAAACCAAGCAGAGACUCCGGUGGAAGAGUGUCCCAGUCCUGUGUUUGUCGGUCUGCUGGUGGAGAUGAGAAGACACAACAAACUAGAGUUUCUCCUGCUGUCCUUCUUUCCCCGCCUCAACAAUGUGACAACUGGCAACAAAGUCCUGGAGGUCAUGCGUUACCUCUGCAGCGACGCCUUUCCCCGUCAGACACCCAGCGUUCCCGUGAAAACGUCCAGUCUCGCGUCUCCACCUCCGGUCUCACGAGACGUCGGUCUGUCUCCUCGUCGUCACUGCCCUCUAAUGAGCCCGCCCUCCUUCCCUCCCCUGCAGCCAUGCUGGCUGAGAUUACUGAGCUGAAAAGGCAGAACGACCUGAUCAAGGCUCAGCUCAGCCAGGCAAAGAGCCUCGGGUCGGGGGACGCGGGAUUGGCCGACGGCCGCAACGAGUGGAGCAAGUCGGGUCCAGCCAGCGGCGCUGGAGAGAGGAAGAUGACCGUCCAGCACCUUCAGUCUCCAGAGGGAACGUCUUCAGCUUCUCAGGCAGUGUCCUCCAGCACUCCGAGCGUGGAACAGCGCCUCCUGGAGCUCAACAGGCAGAGCGCGGCAGCCAGGAGUCGACUGCUGGAGCUGAUCGAGCAGCAGAAGCAAAGCGCUUCGCUCAGAAUCUCCCCAUCCGCCUCCCCCAUCCCGUCCUCAGCCGUCAGCCCGAAUGCGGCAGCUGGAGGACAGAGCUCAGAGGAGACGGUGCUGCCGCCUGAAAGGGAGUUUGGGUCUCAUCGACAAUAUGCUGGUUCUGAUGCAUCCAACAGUUUGAGUUUUGAGAGCAAGACUGGAGAAAUAAAGCACAACGAGAAACGGCAAGAACGAGAAGGAUGGUUUUCUCUGGUCGCUCACACCAGGUGACACGAGGGAAAAGAUUAAGUGAACCUGACAAAAAUGAAUGUUUUUAUUCUAUUUUUCAACCAAAUAGUUUUAGUGCAUUUUUUAUUCCUGCAGUUUAUAUGUUGACUGUAUGAAAAGUUUUAUUUUCUGUGAGGAGUUCACAACUUUUUAUUUACAUUUUUUUCACCAGAGUUAAUUGAGCUGAGCAGCCUGGUUGUUACAUAGCAGUAAAACUAAAGUAAACAUGUAUGAGUGACAUGAAGCCAGACUGCUUUGUAUGGUUAAGUUUAGCUUACUAACCAUUUAGACAAUAUUUCCACUCAACAGUUUGUUUUUACGGUCUUACUGCUUUUUCAUUUUAUUUGUGUUCAAUAUUUACAAUUAUCUUGCAAAAAUGAUUUAUUUAAAACUAACUGAUCAAAGUCAUGAGGAUCAAAUAGCUGUUUAUCUAGCACGUCUUGCAAAGGUGCUUUAUCCGUUACCACUGAACGUUUGUCAUUAGUUUCCAACCACAGUCUUGUAUUAGGAUUUCAUAUGAUCUCAAGAUCUCAAAAAAAAA